CUAGAUAACUGUUGUAAACAGAACCCUCACAUCUUUUAGUAUUUAACAAAAAGUGGGUUUUUCCAGUCCAAUAAAGCAAUCAUCAGAUUUCGGAAGUGCCUCGCCAGAAGAUCGGACAUCACCAUUUUCAAACUUUUCAGCCCAGCUUUAGGUUGUCAUUUUGACUUACGCAAGUUGGUUGUUGUGUAUUUCGCUACCAUAAAUUAUUAUCUGAACAUCAGUUCUUGGACAACCUUAUACAAGCUAGGUCUCCUUUUUCCAAUUGUGUCGUCAUCAAAUAAUGCUGUUUCUAGUUUUCAUUUUGAUGAUGGUUCUCUUAAAUUGUGAUUGGACGUCGGCGCAGAUGAGGGAUGUAGCCAUGUGCGACCCAGGAUACUACGCCGAAGCACUGAUGACAAACAGUGUGUAUCCCUGCAUGCCUUGCUCAAGAUGUCCACCGGGUCAUUACCAGGUCAAGAGCUGCAAUGCUACCCAGGAUGCAAUGUGUGCUACAUGCCCUACCAACACCUAUUCCGAUAGAUGGACCACACUUUCGGCUUGUAAGCCCUGUACAGUCUGUAACAGAUAUCAGCUCCAUAAUGCUUGUACUUCCAAGAAAGACACUUUGUGUAGGACCAAAUGCCUUGCAGGCUACUACUUUGACCCGGCAUCGCACCGAUGCAGGCGCUGCUCCCUGUGCCCCGAACUGGACGGUGACAGGGUGUAUGAAUGUACACAGCAAGAGGGAAGCGGCAAAUACCAAUGCCGAGAAGGCUCGGUCUUGAGAGCCAGGAGGGUCGAUACCAACCCGUUACUAAACAACAACCACACUGAAAAUGAGAUGACAGAAUUACUUCUACCGAAUUUGGCAAAGCCGGGCGAAUUAUCGACGGAUCGCAUGGCGACUGAUUUAUCGAAUUCUGAAGAACGUCAUUCACCCGAGGGGGUCGAUAGCAUGAGGAAGGAAAACUUCCUCAUGUCAACACUACCAGUUCUGCAGACGACAGGAGCGAUUUCCCGCUCGGCUGUGAUAUCAUCGUCUGCGCCGACAUCAACCAUGCCUUGGGCUACGACCGGGCUUCGUCAACCCUCAUCAUCGACAUCGAAACGGCGCUCAGUGACCGCGAACGAAGUCCUGAUGGUCAUUGGCAUCAUAGCAGCCAGCUGUUUGGUGUCCUUCGUGACAACGUACGUCACGUGUCAUUUUCUCAUGAAAAGAGGGAUCGUCAAAAGUGGCGAUGCGACGGUCGGGUUUGCGAGAGGGCGCGAACCUGUCAAGGGUUGGUUCGCCGUGCCGAGGGGAGACGUAGUGAUGGACUUAGACGCGACACUCAGGAGGACGAGUAUUGAUAUGAUCUAACCAGGGAGUUGGGCAAUCCCAACUCCCUGGUCUAACUAUCGGGUUUGGUAAGGUAUUUCAAUGGCCAGGUUCAUGGAUCCAUUCUUGAAAGAUGAACGUAUCCUGGACACUGUCCGUAUCUACCCAAUAAUCAACCAACUUGCAGAUUUCGGAGUUUGCGUCAAACCAGGGCGUAUCAUCUUUCAAAAAUGGACGCAAAGAACAUGGCCUCCCUAAGUGACAUUAUCCAAAGAGGCUGAAGCUGAAAACUCAGGUCCAUUUUAAACGAUGGUGCAUAAAACUUGCCUAUUAUAAUAGGGACAUUCAGAGUUGCAUGCCGCGCAAGAUACACCGCGAGCGCAAAAGAGGCUAGCUCUUGGUACACCGGUCCGUCCGCAAUAUAGGAACAACAUCCCUAUUGUGCUUGUGGUGGACAACCCUUUUGACAAUAGCAAGUUCACGCAGAUGUGCGGCUAGGGAUAUUCACGCAGCUCCUUUGCACACGUCCAAUAAAAGCAAUCUAGUGUGCACUUUGGCCAAAUGAUCAUGAGACACACCUAAAACAUUAAUAAUUAUAACAAUAUUAAUAACAAUUUGGGGAUGGGUCGGCAGAUGUAUACAAAAUUAAUAAAAGAAGAUAAAGCAUUUUAUUAUAAUUAUAGUUAUUAUUAUUAUUAUGAUUAUUAUUGUUAUAAUCAUUAUUAUCAGAAAGGUUCCAUUGCAGUAGUAAUCGAUUUAUAUUUGAAACAUCAGCGGUCAGAUUGGGCGAGGCAUUACUCAGUACGAAUUCACACGAAAUACUGUUACCAAAUGUAAACAAAUAACAUAGGAAUUAAGCACCCACGUUGUUCUGUAACAUAUAAUUACUCAACAAUAGACAAAAUAUGUAUACAAGUCCUUCGUGAGCUCAUGCUGUAUAGCAUCAAAACCUUAAAUAAUGCAGCAUUUAUAGGGUGGGUUCAUUAAUAACUCUUAAGAGUGAUUACUUUAUGAGAUUAGUGGUCAGCAAAAGUUAAGUGCUACAUCAACCUGCUCUUACAUGAUAAUAAUUUACACAUAAUAUACAUGAUUAGGACAAUUAGAUUCAAUAAUUUAGCUGAUAUUGAUUUAAUGGAGGCAUGAUCUAUAAUUAUAAUGUUAUCUGACGCCAUAGUGUUGAUCAGCUUCAAACGUAAGUGGCGUGGUUACACUUUGCUUUCGUCUCAACUUGACUGGGUUUACUCAAAAGUUUCCUGUCUCUUUGAUUUGAUCAUCUCAUUAUGAAGCCAGAUAGGGGACGUAACUUACAAAUGCAGUGCAUUGUAGUUUGCCCCCCCCCCCCCUCCCCGGAAAAAUAAAAUAAGGA